AUGUGCGAGUGCACGUUGACGCCAGGGCUUGGGGACAUUGGGCUCUUGGGCUGCUAUUGGGGUGGUGUUAAAGAAGGGAGAUAUUCUCCACACAAACACCUGCGUGACGGUAACCCGCCUCCACGCACUGUGGGGCGGGUCCUGGAGGCUUUGCGCCAGGUAAAUGAGGAAGUGAUGCAAAGAUACUAUGGCCGGGGCAUGGCCAUUCCUGAGUGUCUGGAGAGUUGCUGGAUUUUAGACUUGGAGAGCAGCAGAAAUGGCAGAGAUUGCUAUGCUCCCAGCCAGCUGGUUGAUGAGAAGGGACAGGACACUGGAACAGAUAUGACAGAGUCUCAGGUGAGGUUAUGAGAAGUGGCCAAGAAGUACCUUGAUUACCACAUGGAAAAGUUUGGUUUCCAGACUCCUAAUGCGAAUUUUAUUCAUGACUACGUAGAGAAGCUGGGGGAGACUGGAUUGAAUUGUGUAAUUCAUCUUGUGCCUAAUAAACAGAAUGUUCUGUGGGAGAUAAAUGGACUGCUGGAGCCUGGAGGGGAGCUGUACAUCACUGACGUCUAUGCUAGCCUUGAAUUGCCUGCAGAAGUCAGGGUACAUAAAGUUUUAUGGGUUGGUGAAUGCUUAGGGGAAGCACUAUUCUGGAAAUACCUCUUCGUGUUGGCUGAAGAAAUUUGGUUUUGCGCUCCAGGCUUGGUCGCUGCUAAACCAAUCACCCUUGGAGACAAGGAACUAGAAGAAGUUAUCGGCAAUUGUCAGUUUGUUUCAGCAACACUUCAUCUCUUCGAACUUCCCAAGAAAAUCCCAGGAUUUCAAGAGCCCUUUUUAGAGGUCCAGGUCCCAUACCCCAUCAUUGAGAUUACUGGGCGUGAGAAAGAACUGAUAUUCGAUGCAAAUUUCACAUUUAAGAUGGGUCUCCCAUGCCAGGGGGGAAUAAUUGAAGGGGUUGAAGAAACAGCCGCUGUUUGGAAAAAUGUCAGAUUUGCUCUGGAGUUUCUGAUCAAACCACCAGGAGGGAAGUUGUGA